AUGAAUUAUUUCCGGCAGUCGGUUUUAGACUUAUUUUUACUCUUUAGGCUUAUUUUCACUCUGUAAAACAGAAAAAUAACUAGCUUUAAAGGUUUUUGAUUUUUAUAUUUAAUGGGUUAUAAUAUUUUUUGUCAUUUUGUUAGAUUCGAGUUUUUUUUUCUUGUUUCAGCAACAGUUUUUGUUGAAAAACGUGUAAAUUCUUUUUAUACGAUAAAACGUGUCAUGAAAAAUUUUCGUUUUCGGAGAUUGAAACAAAUUUUUAGGUAACAAUCAGCAACAACCGGACGACGGCCAAAGCCCAAGACUUGUGUCAGUAUAACUUUUCGUCAGAUUAUUGUUCGGUAAGUUGACUUUCUUGUUGUUAUUCGGUUUUUAGGUGUGGUGGCAUGGAAAUGAGAGGUUUUUAAAGGCAUUUUUUGGUGUUUUUAGAUACAUUAGGGAUUUUCUUUGUUUUGGAAUAGUUUUUGGUUUAAUUUUGAGCUAGUUUCUGAGGUUUUACAUUGUUUUAGCUUCUAUAGGUAGGAUAAUAUAGAAAAGAUCCUUUUUUCGUUGACUUUUUAAAGUUUAUAGCUAAAUUAAGAUUUUUUAUGUUAGUUUUUAAAUAUUUGAGCUGCAAGGGCUUUUUAUAUUUUUUUAGGCAUCAAACGAAUAUUUUGGGAAUAUAUAUCUAAAACAAUAUUUUUGAUCAAAAUUUGCUUUUCUAUUGACUUUCUUGGUUUAAAAGUAGAAUAAGUAGAUAAUAUAUCAGUUUUUAAGUAGUGAUUUACUUAGUUUAUAUUGACUUUGAAAUUUUUAUCGUCAAUUUUUGCUUAGAUACAUCAGUUUUUCAAGCUUGAUGUCGAAAACAAUGCGUUUUGAUUUGAAUUCGUAUCGUUUAUGACGUUCGAGUUUUAUAAUAGCUUUAUAAGACGUUUGAGUAGCUUUUGGAUUAAGAUUUACCGGAGUAAAGGUCUGAUUUUUGUAGGUAUAGAGAGAAAUUGCUAUGAGACUGCUAGUUCAUGGGUAAUAUUCGAUUUUUAGGUAGUCUUUGACGUUUAAUGCUUGAAAUUAUUUAGAAAUAGGAUUACCUUAACUCUAAGAACGUUUUUAUUUAUAUUUUACAAAUUUCAGCCUCAACUCUCCCAAAUUGGUGUGAACAUUACCGAGGCCAAGAAGUGCACAGAUUACUACAGCCCUGAGUUUGGCGCCACCGUCAAGUACAUCAAGGAAGAGUUUGCAAACAGCUGUGCCAAGAGUUCAUCCGAAGCCAAACACGAUAUUCAGAAGCGCGACCCCAACACCUUGAAAUUGGUCGUCCUUUCCGAUCUCAAUAAGUGGAUAACCUACAACGCUCCACAAUUGAAGCAGACCAUUGCUCAGUCCCUCCAAGUCAUCAUCUGCACCAAGAAGUGUGUUGACAUCAGAACCAGUCAUGAGCUCAGACGCGUCUACAACUAAGCGUUUGUUCAGCCCGGUAGGUUACAUUGUAAAUUUUGUAUAGUAUUUGCCGUUCACAUAAUAUGUGUAAUUUGGAUGAAGGUGAUACGUUGAGGGAGGCCGGCCUGCACUAACUAGGGAAUUGCAGAAAAUAAGCUUUUCGUGUGAGACUUAUAUAGAAUAUGUUUAAAAAGUAUAGGUUUAAAAUUCAAAACGAUAACUUUAGAAAGAUAUUUCUUUCUGAAUUGAAAAAAAAAUGUAUGACCAAAAAAAUUUAUCAUAAAAUUAAAAUAUAGUUUGGCUAUCCAAAACGUCUUGUCAGAAUGGCAAGACGCUAAAAUUAAACCGGCGGGUUUCGAACUUACCUCCUUCUGCACCGGUUAACACUCCGAUUAACACCUUAGGCACUCGAUUACAUUGAAUUGAUUCCUUAAUCCAUCUUUAGAAGCCCAUAAGUUUUCUAAUGUAUUUUUUGGCCGCUAAUAUCUCGGUAGUCGAGACCAUUUAGCAGCCUUUAAAAAUGGCUUUUUAUGCUUUUUCAUCCUAUAUAGGCCUGGUUAAAGUUCGGUCCGCUUUCUUUAAAAACGGAACCUGUGAAGGCACGAAAUGUAUGACAUUUUUAAAAACCUGUCAUAAUUAUAAAUGAUAAAUUCAUAUACAACAUCAAUAUAAUAAUAGUACCGUAAUCCCACAAACCAUAGUAUUUCUACAUUAAUUAAGACCUUUUUUGUACUGAAAAAUCAAGUUAAAUUUUAAAAUAAGGUUUUAAAAGACCUUUAAUAAAUAUAUAAUGUAAUAUACAACAUGUUUCGAAAAUUGUGAAUUAUUUAAAAAAACUACGGUACUUCUAAAUUAAUUAAUACUUUUUUGCGCUGAAAAAUCGAUUUGGAGUACUGUAACUGCUUUUUGAAGUGAGAGUUUAAAACACCUUUCAUAAUUAUUAAAGAUAAUGUGAUAUACAAACUCUUUGUCUAAAAUUUUAGAUUAACUCUAAAAAUACAGUAAUUUAUUUUCAGUCAUCAGGCCGAACAGACAUUUUGGGGUCUUUUGUCACCACUGAGGAGGUCACGCUCAAUACGUCAAUCGAUGUAAGUUAGUUUUCUUACGUAUUAAUGGUAUAUAAAGAUUAAUGUUUUCUGAGAUUUAAAGGUAGUAUUAGUUUGUCCUGAAAAGAAUGGCCGAUUGUGGCGAAAAAAUUUUUGUCGCUUCAUAACUUGUUUUUUAUUGUUGAUUAACGUUUUUUACAUUGUUGGAAAGCACAAAAUGUGAGCUUCAUUUUCAUGUUUUAUGAUAUUUGAUUGACUAUUACCUGAGUUAUGACUUUUUUUACAGGCGGUGUUCAAACACCAAAUUUUUACAUUUUUUUGUAAGAGUUCAAGUUACGCAAUACCGCGACGCAGGUGUAAUAAGUUGUGGUGUGAGAUAUUCUCUAGCGAAGCCCACUGACCUUAUCGUGUUAUAAACCAAGUACCAAUAUAUAUCAAAUAACCAAUAAAUGAUCUUUACGAUCAACCAAAUACUAACUACCAAAUAAACCAAUACCAAAUAAUCCAAUACCAAGAUACCAAUACUUUAUUUCAAUCAAACCUACAAAACAAAUAUAUCUUGACGCUGAUCGCGACCAACCGCACAACUCGUUUGAAGCCAGUAAUAUUUUUGGCAAUUACUAGCCUUCUCUUUCAAAAUUCGUAUAUCACCUCUUGUAAGAAUGCCUUUUGUGGCAUGUUUCUCAGCCAACUUAAUCACUUGAAUUGAAUUCCAGACUGUUUCGCUAUGUCACAUGACAUCAGGUCGUACUUCACAACAACUAAAACCGCGACAGUUUCGCAAAAUAAGGACGACAAUGAGCCACCAGCAAAAAUUGCGCGAACAGAGGAUGAAGUUACUAUAACACAACAUCCAAACGACAUUGGACUUUAUAUCAGUAAGAAGAAAAGGAAUAUACACGUGACGGACGAAGAAAAGUUCAUGUUUUUGCAAGAUCCUCAUGUGCCUCCAGACGGCUAAGUAAGUAGGAAUUUAUCCUAUAUUUUUCAUGUUUUAGGAUUGGCCGACUUUUUCACGACGUAGAGGCGAGAGGACAACUGUGGAAAAGUUAGGCAAAAGCUACUUCGAAGUCAACGUUCACAAGAACAGUUACAUGACCUUUUCACCUCAAGAUUAUGGUAUUUACUGUCGAGCAUGUGUAUUAUUUUGCCCGUUUGGAGUAGGAGCGUCUGGAGGUGGAAAAGCUGGCGAAUUUGUCAGCCGACCUUUUACAGACUGGGGUAGCUAUAACAAAGGACAAUCAAGAGGGAAGACGCACCACAUUAACACCGAAUAUCACAAAGAAUGUUGCAGGAAGACAGAAACAUUUAUAUUGAGUAUGCUGAAUCCUGAGAAGGACAUUAGGACAAAAGCAGCUAAUACAGAAACUGAUCGCUUAAAUUUUGGGAGGAAGGUAUUUAAGGUAAAAAAACUGUUAAUGAUAAUUACGUUUUUAGACAGCUUUUGACAACAUUGUCUUCUGUGCUCGCAAUGGCCUUGACUUGAGAGGAACUAAUUCCAAUAUAGUGACCGUUCCUCAAAAUGCAUCAGACUUUGACCCUUCUGAUGGUAACUAUACGAAUUUAUUAAAAGCAAGACUACGAUGGAACGAUCCUCUGGCACAUGAUGUUAUGAAUGGAAGUAAGUGACAAAUUGAUUAAAAAUUAUUGUAAUUUAGAUCAAAACGACAUGGAAUGUUUGAAAAAACAGGUAGUUUAAGUGUGCUUUGCUGUAUUCACUUUAUUGCUUGCACUUUGUGCCGUUUGUGUGUUGUCACUUUUCUUGUCUUAUUUAGGUAAAAGUUUUCACUACAAUAGUGGUCAAGUACAGAACGAAAUUCUGGCAGCAUGCGGAAAGGUUACUCGAGAAUCAAUUAAGUCUGAAUUGACUUUUUCACGAUAUAUAUCGAUUGGGAUUGACGAAACGACGGACGAAAGCAACCAAAGCCAAAUGACAGUGAUCUUGAGGUAUUUAAAGGACUUUACCAUAGUCGAAAGAUUUUGGUCAUUUGUCAGGUUAGAGAAGGCAGAUUCGGAGUACCUGACCGAAGUGAUAGUAAAAGGUAAGGAGUUUUCAUAUUGCUUAUGCUGUUUUAGAGCUAAGUUCAAUCGGUAUUACUCCGGAAUCAAUCUUACGAUGGAGCCGCAAACAUGAAAGGAUGUCACAAUGGGGUUCAAAAGAGGCUACUAGACCGUUUCCCGCUGGCUACCUUUUACUACUGCAGCAUACACGCCCUGAACUUGUCAUUAACAAAAGGAACUAACUGUGAUUUGCUUAUAGUAAGUUUUAAACGUCAAAUCCUUUUUAAAUACAUUUGAAAAUUUAGUAUAUAAUUAUCUCAUUUCAGAAGGGGAUGAAAAUAAUCAACGACCUUUCCACUUACAUCAACAACUCCCCCAAAAGAGCUGAACUGUUAAGUAAAGCAAUUGAAGGAAUCAAAGGUCCACAAGAACGAAGGAGGAAACUUCUGAAGUUAUUUGCUACACGCUGGUGUGAACGGUCAGACUCUGUAAUUGUUUUUUUUGACUGUAUCAAUCCAAUUGUGGCAAUGUUAAUUCAAUUGGAUCAGGUAGAUGACCUUCAAGCUACAGGCUUUAUUGGAAUGCUUCGCAGAACUACUAACCUUUUUGCAUUUGCGAUGUUGUACGUUAUAUUUGCAACAGUCAAAGCCUAUUAAAAUACUCCAGACAUCAGCACUUGACAUUUUCACUGCACAAGCGACUGUUCAACAAAUCAUCGACGUCAUAAAGGGUUGGAAUCUUAAGAAAGGAGCCGGAUCUUUUAAUAAUGUAAUGACAUUGGUGCAAAAUUUAAAACAAGAAAUCAAUUUGUAUGAUGCUGUGGACGUAUACGACGAUCAUGGCAUGGCCAAAAUUGAGGAAAAGCAUACGGAGAUGGUAAAAAAGCUGGGUGAACAAAUCUUGAAGACGUUUGAUAAGACGUUUUCACUCACAAGAUCACUGGGACUGUUCUUACCAGCAAAUGUAACUAAUUUUGAUGAUGUGAAAGAAAUUUGUGACUUUUGCAUGGAGAAUGGUGCCCUAACUUGCAGUACAGUUGAAAUGCAGACAGAAUUUGAACGUUGCGUUCAGACGGUUACACAAAACAAGUCAAAGUUGGAAACUGCUGAUUACAAGAUGUUGCUAAAGUACACAAUGGACCUUUACCCAAACGUUCAUGUAUUGUUAAAGGUGUGGUUAUUUAUAUUUUAAAUUUUUAAAGUUUUUUAAACAUUAAUUUUGUAUAUUAAUGUGUAAAAGUAAUUUUCAGAUAUUUUUCACUAUAUCUCCCUCCAACGCUACAGCUGAAAGAACCUUUAGCUCUAUGAAGUUUUUAAAGAGUUCUUUGAGGAACAGAAUGAAACAAGACCGUCUCAACGACUGUUCCACAAUUUAUAUAAACAAAGACAUAGAAAUCGAUGAAAAGAAAGUAUUAGUGGAAUUUAUGAAGGACAACAGACGCUUCGACUUCGGGAAAGUUACCGUACAAGAAGAGGAAAAAGAAUCUGACUAG